AAGGGUUACGUUUAAUGGAACAAUAAUAUUAAAUGGCGAUCGUACCGCCAAGCUGUGGCCGUUAGUGACUGACAAUGAUAAUCGAUCAGGAUCGAUACUGAUCGUAUUGCUUUGAAAAUAUUUUUAUAAAUUCAUUUUACACCUGGACGAUCCUUGGCGUGUCAGGUUAUUGUGAUGCCAUCGUUAGCAUCAACUGUCAUUGUACUCUCAAGCUCUAAAUUAUACUCCGGUUUUACAUGGACCUCGGGUCUCUUAUCACAACAAAUAUCACAUGCUAGAUCAUGGCGAUUCGUGGACGUCGAAAGAUCAGCGACAGUGCCGUAGGAUAUCGACGUGUUGGCCGCUUAGCGUGUUCCGUAUGCGAUCACUAUAUCAUGGGAAGUCCCAUCUACGUGAUAAUUUUGGGCCUGAUUGGAACUGUUAUCACAGCUUUUGACAUAAUUCGCAUUAUGAAUUACAAAUUACCAAUGAGAUGCCCAACGCGUCCUAGAGGAGAGGAACUUGUUCCCUUGGACGUGGAAAGAGAUUUGAAGCUGAUGACUUCGAUCUUAGCUAUUGAGCAUUACACGUUAAUAAUGCUGGGCGCAAUUACGGAAUAUCCAAUGCUACACAUACCCUGGUUAUUGAUGCAGCUGUGCGUCAUCAUCGUUGAAGUCAUCGUUUUCUUCGUCAGACUCUUCCUGGACGGUCUGCAUGUAAAGCACGAUGAGAUUUUGUUGGCAGUGAUAACGGUUCACAAUUGGAUGCAAGUUUUCUGUCUCUUUCAUUGGCAAGCGCGACGAUCAUUGUGAAUCACCUGUGACAAUCAAUAUUUUUUUUAAUAAUACUAAUAAAAAGUUGUGGAAUAUUAUACCAAUGAAGUUUUAGCAUUUUAUAUCAACA